AUGAAGGGUAGUUCUACCCUCGUUUUGCUAUGUGUAGUAACUGUUGCAACCAUAACGAAGACCACCACAGGAAUGGACAUCCAUGGAGGACUUUUCAUCUUUGGAGAUUCUUUACUGGAUGUUGGAACUAAUAACCACUUCGAUGAUAGCACAGCGAGGGCUGAUCACCCUUACUAUGGCAUCGAUUAUCCUGAUUCCGUCGCAACAGGGAGAUUUAGCAAUGGCCUCAACAGUGCCGACUUACUUGCUUGGUACAUGAACGGUUAUGAUUUUAGUCCGCCACCUUUUCUCACUCUGGUUGAGAGUCCGGACACUUUCCUGUUACAGAUAAUCCGUGGCGCAAACUUUGCUUCAGGAGGAUCAGGUAUUCUAGGCGACACUGGACGUGAAAAAUUCAUAAGGGUUGUGCCUCUAUGGGAGCAAAUUCAACAAUUUGCGACAGUUCGUGGGAAUAUGUCAGAGGUAUUAGGGAAUGGGACAGCUGAUCUUUUCAUACGGAUGUCCCAUUGCAUUAUUAGCGUCGGAAGCAAUGACUUUUUCGAGAAACAAAACUCACUAUUUCGGAAUGAGACACAACCACAGCAACUCAUCGCCAAUCUCACCGCAUCCUAUGCCAUCCAUUUACAGAAUUUGUAUGAUCUUGGAGCUAGAAAAUUUGGAAUAAUAGGAGUUCCACCGCUGGGUUGUUGUCCAAAGGAACGCUACAUUAAUUUACAGAUGGGUGGCAAUGGCAGUUGUGUAGAAGCCAUGAAUGAACUUGCACAAGCUUUCCAUGCAUCAAUUGAAUCCCUCUUGCAAAAUUUCAGCUCAAUAAAUCAAGGAGUCGUUUACUCACUGGGAAACACCUAUAACAUCAUCAUGGAUUUCAUUGAUAAUCGUCGUGCAAGUGGAUUCCAAGUGGUUGAAACAGCUUGCUGCGGAAAUGGGACAUUUAAUGCAGAAACCGGGUGUGAAUCGGGAUCAAAACUUUGCAGAAAUCGUAAUCAUUACAUAUUUUGGGAUGAGUUUCACCCCACUGAGGCUGCUGCUCGACAUGCAGCUCUUACACUGGCUUACGCUGAUGGACCAGAGUUUGUGACACCUAUGAAUUUCAGCAGUUUGGCGAAGGCUUAG